AUCGCCUACAUCGCCGUUUCCCUCAUUCUUCAACAGCGCCUGUCUCUGAAAACAGAGGAGCUGAGGAAAGCGCUGUUCCACGUUCGCCUCCACCUCUUCGUCCAGUCGUUCACACUGGUCUUCUUCCCCCUGGUCGUCUGGAUGCUGCUGCAGGUCCUGGCGCUGACCACCAUCGACCAGUGGCUUCUCAAAGGGUUACAGACGGUGAGCUGCAUGCCCCCUCCGGUUUCCUCCGCCGUCAUUCUGACCAAAGCAGUCGGCGGGAACGAGGCGGCGGCCAUCUUUAACUCUGCGUUUGGAAGCUUCCUGGGGAUUGUGGUGACUCCGUUGCUGCUGCUCCUCUUUCUCGGAUCUUCAUCCUCUGUCCCCUUCACCUCCAUCUUCUCUCAGCUCUUCAUGACGGUUGUUGUUCCGCUGAUCCUCGGACAGGUGUGCCGCGGUUUCUUCAGGGAGUGUCUGGAGCGCCGGAAGCCUCCGUUCGGCGCCAUUAGCAGCGCUGUCCUCCUCAUGAUUAUCUACACAACGUUCUGCGACACGUUCAGCAACCCCAACAUCGAGCUGGACCCCACCAGCCUGCUGCUGGUCGUCAUCAUCAUUUUCUCCAUCCAGGUCAGCUUCAUGCUGCUCACCUUCACCUUUUCCACCAGGUCUGGAUCAGGAUUCAGCCCCGCUGACACCGUCGCCAUCAUGUUCUGCUCCACACACAAGUCUCUCACUCUGGGAAUCCCGAUGCUGAAGAUCGUCUUCGAAGGCUACCAGCAUCUGUCUCUGAUCUCCGUCCCGCUGCUCAUCUACCACCCGGCCCAGAUCCUGCUCGGCUCCGUCCUGGUGCCGACCAUCCGGAGCUGGAUGACGAGCCGACAGAAGGGGAUCAAAUUAUCAAACCUGCAGCCGGUCUGAUGCGUCAGAGCGGCGGAAGGAUACAAAAAGUGCCUUGUUACGACCAACAACAACUAGGACCUCCAGGUGGCAGAGCGGGAUUUGCUGUUUGCCAUCAAAGCCUGUUACUAUUUUCUACGAAAAACAAAACAAAAAUCACAUUUCCAUUGUUUAAUAUUUAAAUGAAAUGUGUUUUAUUUUUUUAUAUCUUGAACUUUUGAGGGAAAAAUAGUGCUGGGGGAAAAGGAUCUAUUUUCAGGAAGUGGGUGAGGUUUCUGGGACCAGUUCUGUUAUUUGUUUUCUAUUCUGGUUCUUCCAGCUUUGACUGCCAGAAACUGUAAAUGGUUUUGUUUAAAUUAAUGCUGGAUUGUUACAUUGAAUAUAGAAAUGAACAUUAA